UUUAAGUAUUUUUUGACAUUUUGGUGAGUUUGGCCUUGGCCUAAGACAAUGACAUAAUUGGAUCGUCAAAUUUCUUAACUUUUCAUUCUAUGCAACUUUACUGUAGUGUAUCCUAUACUUUUACAAAAUAAAGCGACAACAACAAAAGAUCAGAAUAACUUUUAUUAACCUUUACUUUACUACUUUUUCACAUUUCAACCUCACUAAACAUAUUUUUUCUCCAAUAAGCUGGCAUCUCUAGUAUUAUUUGGUAUUGUAUAUUUCUGGCAUCUCGUGGCUGACUUGUUGCUCAUAUUUACCGCUAUGUAUUUUGGUAGUAAGUAAAAAGUGGGGAAUCCCCUAUUUGAUUUUGACGCUUUAAGAGAUAUGUUAUUUUAAAGUUUGUUGUGCUAAGUGAACAGUUCGAUAUUAGAAAGUGCAAGAUAUUACAUACAUAGUUAUAUAAUUAAAUUCAAAUGGCUACUACCUCAUCUAAUGUUCGUGUUCGAUCCUAGGGUUUUAUUAAUUGGGUUAAUUGGGUAUUCAUCUCAUCAAAUAAUCGGGAGUAAACUGCCAUCUAAUCAUCAAGUGUUAAAGUCAUUGUUUUACAACAUUCGUGAAGUUUGAUUACCUUUUAGUGAUAUUGCAAAACUCACUCUGACGGAAGUUCUUGUUUUCUGGGAGAAAGCUAGAAUACCUUAUCAAUUACAAAAAAAUGGUGUUCGCAAAGUCGAAAAAUUAUGUAACGAAUGGAGGGCACUUCUGAAGUGUUCAAGAUUGAAGCACAAAACGUCAAGAGGAAAAAUAUCUUGCAUUCACAUCCAAACUGUCCGAUCUUUUUGAUGUAGCAGUGGAAGAUGCCAUUUCAAAAAUGUCAAAUCAGGAAGAUAUUAAAUUUUUGACAUAUCAGAGAAUGAAAGGACGUCCAGGCCGUAUGGAAGGUAUCGAUGUGAAUACAGCUCUAGCUGAAAAAAGAAGAGAAGUAAGAAAAGCAAAAGCAGAAGAGUGGCGAUGGCGACAGAUUUCACCAGUAAGCGCUGAAAAUGUACGAGACAUCUCAUUGUCUUCUGAAUCAGAAGUGGAAGAAAUCACCUCGGACGAAGUAUUUACCGAUGAUGAAAAAGCCAGCAAAGCGGAGACAGCGAGUAAAAAGAGGAAAUACAGUCGUGGUUAUAAAGAAGUAAUGACGGAAAAAUUAUCAAUUUUGCUAGAUAGGUGCAAAAUUUCUGAUAGAAAUGCUGUGCGGAUAAUUUUGGCAACAGCUGAAAGUCUGGGCUGUAAUGUCGAGGAUUUUACACUUAGUAGAAGUGCUUUAAGAAAACGCAGAAUAUCCUUUCGAAGUCAACGGGCCCAGAAAAUCAAGGCGAGGUUUAAAAACUUAGACUUAGAGGGUAUUGUUGUUCAUUGGGAUGGAAAACUUUUACCAAACCUUCUUCAGAAAAAAUGUGCUGAACGGUUGGCAAUCUUGGUAAGCAAAGGAGACUAUGAACAACUACUAGGGGCCUCGGAAUUGGAAAAUUCCACAGGCGCCAGUCCGGCAGAAGCUCAAAAAUAGCUCAGAAUAGUCUACAAGAAUGGGAUAUUGGCGAUAAAAUUGUUGGUAUGUGUUUUGAUACGACGGCUUCCAACACAGGACGAAUGAAAGGCGCAUGCACCUUGUUAGAAAAACAGCUAGGUAAAAGUUUGUUGUACUUAGCCUGCCGCCAUCACAUUUUAGAAGUCGUUUUACGGUCAGUAUUUGAGUACAAAAUGGGAUCAACGACUGCUCCCCAACCUGACAUUUUUAGAAGAUUUCAAAUACAUUGGCCUAACAUAGAUCAGUCUAAAUACAUUGAAGGGGUACAGGAUGAUUCGGUAAAGAAGUCAGUGAAAGAGUUCGAAAAAGAGGUUUCGGAAUUUCUUCUCUUUCAGUUAACUAAAAAACAGCCGAGGGAUGAUUACUUAGGACUUAUUAAGUUAUGUUUAAUAUUUUUAGGAAAAGUCCUUUCUCACGAUGUUUCGUUUAACACUCCUGGUGGUUAUCAUCACGCCCGUUGGAUGGCCAAAGCCAUUUACUCUCUGAAAAUGUUCAUUUGUAGAGAACAGUUUUCUAUGUCCGAAGAGGAGUUCAGUUCACUAAAAGCUAUUUGUUAAUUUAUUGUUAAUGUGUAUGUGUAAAGAUGUGGUGUCAAGCUUCAACGCAAUAAGUGCACCUAGUAAUGAUUUACAAUUUGUUCAGAAUGUAAUUAAGUACAGACGUAUUGAUCAAGGUGUAUCAGAAAAGGUAUUGGGAAAAUAUUUACUUCACCUGUGGUAUCUGA